AUGGCAUUCGACGCGGUUUCAAACGGGCACCGGCAGUUCCUCAUGCCAUACGGCUCUCUCUGGCGAUCUUUGCGUAAAGUCAGUCAUGCUGCGCUCAACCUUUCAACAGCCAUUUCAUGUAUUCCUGUGCAAGACUUCGAAUCGAAACAAGUUUUGUACGAAUUUCUUCAUGCGAAAGAUGACUGCGAAUUUUAUUACAUCAACCGUCGAAAUUCUUCCAGCGUUAUCAUGACGAUUACCUAUGGACAUCGGAUUGCGGACUGGCAUGGUCCCUUGUAUAGAAACAUAUACACACUGCUAGAGCAUUUCAAUGCCAUGGCUGAGCCCGGCAGAUGGCUCGUUGACACUUUUCCUUUCCUUGCCAAGCUUCUAUCCAAGAUAGUUCAAAACUGGUGGAACAUCGGUCGGGAAUGGCAUGCAUACGAUUCCAAAGUCUACAUUGACUUGUACAGAGACCUCAUUCGGCAGGUCAAAGCUGGAACUGCCCCCGAUUGUUUUGUUCGUGACUUUUACUUGAACGUCGCCGACAAAAGCGGCGUUGAUGAGGAGACAGCGGCAUACACAGCAGGAACAAUGGUAGAAGCUGGAAGCGAGUCAACCAGUAGCACAAUCAAUAACUGGCUUCCGGCCUGCCUGCUGUUUCCGCACGUUCUUCAGGCUGCACAAGAGGAGGUUGAUCGCGUUGUUGGUGGAGAUCGCUUGCCAACGUUUGAAGAUGAGUUGAACCUUCCAUAUAUUGCGGCAAUGGCGCGGGAAGCCUUACGUUGGAGACCGGUUUCAAAAUUAGGCGCACCCCACGCAACCACCGAAGACGAUUGGUACAAUGAGUUUUUCAUACCCAAGGGCUCGACGAUUGUUCUCAGUUGGUGGACGAUUCAUUUUGAUCCCGCCCGCUGGGAUUCUCCCGAGGACUUCGAGCCAAUGCGGUACAUGAAGGAGCCUUACACGACUAUGACAACAGCUGAAUCAAUGAACACAGCUGAUCCAGAUGCGCGAGAUCACUUCAAAUAUGGCGCCGGUCGACGGUCCUGCUCAGGGGGUCAUGUCGCACAGAAUUCUUUGUUCAUCAACCUCGCGCGAACUGUUUGGGCCUUCAACAUUACGAAAGGCAAAGAUUCCCAUGGAAAUAUCAUCGAACUUGAAACACGCACAGAAAACGGCUUCCUCACAAUUCCUAGGCGGUUUGUCUGCCACUUAUUGCCUAGAAGUGCAAGGCAUGCGCGAAUCGUGGAGACAUGGGCGAAGGCACAAGCGAGCGGGCUGAAUUGGUCGCGGAAGAAGACCACGCUGUAG